CAAACUUGCUUAGACUGGAGUCGGCGGUUUAAAAUAUCACCCACGUGUGUGGUCUUAUGGUCUGAUUCUGGUCUCUGAAGGGCUCCAAUAAACCAACACAAAAAUACAUGCGAUUAGAAGGAACACUGCACACAAGGUUUAGGGAGGGUUUAUAGUCGGCUACUACAUUUCUCACACUGACUUCCUCUUUGUCUCUGUGUUGGGUUCUCAAGUCUCAUGAAUUCUUCCAUAUUUCUUCAUCAACCCAUUUGUUCAAAUCUAAUCAUUGUAAAUCCCAUCGACCCAAUCUCUCUCUUUUCUUUUUUCACUUUCUCUUGGAACUUUUGUCGAACAUUUUGAUGUCCAUUGGUUUAACUCCCAUUUCUAUCGGUACAAACACAGAUCGCAUUAUUCUAUUUGAUAAACCCUCAGUUUUUCAGCCAAACCCAUCAAAGAAAUCCACAAUUAUGUGGAAAAACCUUGCCAAGCUAGCAUCUUCGAGAAGCCAAACCAGGUUUCCGCGUCUAUCCCAUUCUUUCUCUCGUACCUGUAGUUUUCUGGGAUUUUCCCACGAUUCGGUUUUCCCGGAAAAAUUCAAAUUCAGCCCUGUUGAGCUCAGUUCUUGUUCGAAUGUCGGUUUUCCUGAAAUGGGUUUUCGUCGAAUUGGUGAAUUUUUGCCACGGGAUGAGUUUAUUGGGCGACCCAGUUUUGGUGGUGUAAGAAAUAAAGUCAUUGUUAGUGGGUUGUGUCCCAAAAGUUAUGUCAGUGUCGCUGAGGCGGUUUCGUUGUCAUCAACGGAUGCAGAGGAGGAUGUUUCUGUUGUUGAUGAGAUUAAAGAAUUGUUGGAAGUAUUGGGCAAAGAAGAGAGGAAAGAGAGCCAAAAUAGGCGGCGGAGGCAGCUGAGAAUAGAGAGGGGAAUGAAUUGUAAGAAGUACCAGAAGCUUAAGAGUCGACAGGUGAAGAUUGAGACAGAGGCAUGGGAACAGGCAGCGAAGGAGUACAAGGAGCUUUUAAUGGACAUGUGUGCGCAAAAGUUGGCACCCAAUUUACCAUAUAUGAAAAUGCUGUUCCUCGGUUGGUUUGAGCCUUUGCGCGAUAAAAUUGUUGAGGAGCAGGAAUUGUGCCGGCAAGGGAAGAACAGGGCACCAUAUGCCCCGUAUUUUCUUCAAUUACCUGCUGAUAUGAUGUCAGUUAUUACAAUGCACAAGUUGACGGGAUUGUUGAUGACUGGUGGCGAGCACGGGAAUGCCAAGGUAGUACAUGCCUCUUGUGCGAUAGGUGAAGCCAUUGAGCAGGAGGUUAGGAUACACAAAUUUUUGGAGAAGACACAGAAGAAAAAGGCUGAUAAAAAAACAAAAAUUGAAGGAGAUGGAUCUCAUGCUGCAUCCCAAGAACAACAUAAACUACAUAAAACAGUUACUAAUUUGGUUAAAAAACAAAAGCUUCAUGCAGUGAGGAAGAUAGUGAAUCUGCAGGAUGAUUCAAAACCCUGGGGCCUGGAUGCUAAUGCUAAGGUUGGCAGUCGUCUAAUUGAAUUGCUAAUUCAAACAGCCUAUAUACAACCUCCAGCUGAUCAGCUAGCUGAUGGACCACCUGAUAUUCGACCGGCGUUUGUACACACACUCAAAACUGUCAUGAACGAAACAAAGAAAACCAGCAGAAGAUAUGGUCUAAUUGAAUGUGACCCACUAGUUCUCAAGGGCUUGGAUAGAACUGCCAGGCACAUGGUGAUCCCUUAUAUGCCAAUGUUGGUGCCUCCAGUUAGGUGGACAGGUUACGAUAGGGGAGCACACUUUUUCUUACCAUCCUAUGUCAUGCGCACGCACGGAGCAAGACAACAACGUGAAGCAGUUAAGAGGACUUCUCAGAAGCAAUUAGAACCAGUUUUUGAGGCCCUGGAUACACUCGGGAAUACAAAAUGGAGGGUAAACAAGAGGGUACUCGGUGUCGUGGAUAGAAUAUGGGCCAGUGGAGGUGGGCUUGCUGAUUUGGUUGACCGCAAUGAUAUACCUUUACCAGAAAAACCUGAUACGGAAGACGAAGAACUACUCAGGAAGUGGAGGUGGAAACUUAAAUCUGUGAAAAAGGAGAAUAGUGAGAGACAUUCACAGCGGUGUGAUUUAGAACUUAAACUUGCUGUGGCGCGGAAAAUGAAAGAUGAAGAAGGUUUCUUCUACCCACACAAUCUUGACUUUCGAGGUCGUGCAUAUCCAAUGCAUCCAUAUUUAAACCAUCUUGGUUCAGAUGUGUGUCGGGGUGUUUUGGAAUUCGCACAGGGACGUCCUCUUGGAAAGUCAGGCUUACGCUGGCUGAAGAUACACUUGGCAAAUCUAUUUGCCGGUGGCGUGGACAAAUUGUCUCUCGAGGGUCGAACAGCAUUUACUGAAAAUCACUUGGAUGAUAUAUUUGAUUCUGCAGACAAACCUCUGGAAGGAAAACGUUGGUGGUUAAAUGCAGAAGAUCCAUUUCAGUGCUUGGCUGUUUGCAUUAGUCUCUCUGAAGCUCUGAGAAGCUCUUCUCCAGAGACAACAAUCUCUCAUGUUCCUGUACACCAGGAUGGUUCCUGCAAUGGUUUACAGCACUAUGCUGCCCUUGGAAGAGACAAGAUGGGAGCAACUGCUGUCAAUUUGGUUGUGGGAGAAAAACCGGCUGAUGUUUACUCAGGAAUAGCUGCUAGGGUUCUUGAUAUCAUGAGUAGAGAUGCACAGAAAGAUCCUGCAAUUUUUCCAGAUGCAUUGCGUGCAAGGGUUUUAGUCAAUCAGGUGGACAGGAAAUUGGUGAAGCAGACAGUAAUGACAUCUGUGUAUGGUGUCACUUAUAUUGGUGCUCGGGAUCAGAUCAAGAGAAGGUUAAAGGAACGUAAUGCCAUUGAGGAUGACACGGAGCUCUUUGGUGCAGCUUGUUAUACUGCAAAAAUUACCUUAACUGCAUUGGGAGAGAUGUUUGAAGCGGCACGUAGUAUCAUGAGCUGGCUUGGCGACUGUGCAAAGAUAAUUGCAACCGAAAAUCAGCCUGUGAGGUGGACAACUCCGCUCGGACUUCCUGUUGUGCAGCCUUAUCGGAAAUUAGGAAAGCAUCUUGUUAAAACUUCGCUUCAGGUUUUGACACUACAACGGGAAACAGAAAAGAUCAUGGUCAAGCGGCAGAAAACAGCUUUUCCACCAAAUUUUGUUCACUCCCUUGAUGGUUCACAUAUGAUGAUGACUGCAGUGGCCUGCAAAAAGGCAGGCUUAAACUUUGCAGGUGUUCAUGAUUCAUAUUGGACGCAUGCAUGUGAUGUGGAUGAAAUGAACAGGAUACUUAGAGAAAAGUUCGUUGAACUCUAUGAAACACCAAUACUGGAGAAUUUGUUGGAGAGCUUUCAGAAGUCUUUCCCUACAUUAUCGUUUCCCCCCUUGCCCGAACGGGGAGACUUUGAUCUGAGAGAUGUUCUAGAGUCGCCCUAUUUCUUCAACUGAUCUGAACCAUCAGCGACUCUUCAUCUUUAUUCUUUACAGCGACAUGGUGGCACUGUAUAUAUAUAUCACCAUCUCUGCGCUUCCCAUCCGCUACAAUUUUAUGAGCAUGGCUAAGGAAAGGAGAGUGCUUGCCACACAAUGUUUGGUAGAUACUUGAGGUAUGGUGAUAUCUUGCGCCGUGUCCUUGGGCAUUGAGAAGAUCUGGCAUGGUAGGGUGCCGCUAUGUUUGGUUCAAUCUUCACCUCCAACCUUCAAAGUUCUCGCUUGUACAUUCAACAAGAUAUUCAUGGUCGCUGUAGCACGUGUAAAUGCGGAAUUGCUAUUGACUUUGCCAAGAAGGGUUUGAUCCUACUGCUGCUGUAACUCAUACCUGCUACGCUAUCUAUAUGGCUGUUCCGGGAAUUGUUUAGGUCUAAGAUUCAGUACUUGAGCUUUAUGUAUUUUUGCAUCAAUGUAAAGUCUCUGUAAAGUAUUUUGAAUUGAGAUCAUUGGUCCCUUAAAA